AAAUCGAAACUAAGCUUUAGCUGUUGGAUGUCUAUUUAUCUGUGAUGGCACGUACAAUGGCAGGAACUAAUAUUUCAGUGGCUCAGUUAAGUUGUUCAAUCUGUCUAAAGCUACUGACAGAUCCAGUGACCCUCACCUGUGGACACAGUUACUGUACAAGCUGUAUUACAGGUUACUGGGAUCAGGAUGAUCAGAAGGGAGUCUACAGCUGCCCUCAGUGCAGACAGAUCUUCACUCCAAGACCUGUCUUAGGUAAAAACACCAUGCUGGCUGAAGUGGUGGAGAAUCUGAGGAAGAGAAAACUAGAAGCAGCUCAACUUGAUCACUAUUACGCUGAACCUGGAGAUGUGGAGUGUGAUGUCUGUACUGGGGAGAAAAAUAAAGCCAUCAAGUCCUGUCUGGUGUGUCUGAACUCUUACUGUCAAAGCCAUUUUGAAUGUCAUGAAGAACUUCACCCAGGAAAACGACAUAAAGUCACUGAUGUCGCUGGACAACUACAGGAGAUGAUCUGCACUCAGCAUGAAAAGUUGAAGGAAAUCUUCUGUCGUACUGAUCAGUGCUGUAUAUGUUAUCUUUGUAUGUUGGAUGAGCAUAAAAAACACGACACUGUAUCAGCUGGAGCAGAGAGGACUAAGAAACAGACACAAUUGGAUGAGAUACAAAGAAAAUUCCAGAAGAGAAUCCAGGAGAGAGAGACGGAGCUUGAGGAGCUGAGAGAGUCUAUAGAGUCUUACAAGCGCUCUGCACAAACAGCAGUGGAGGACACUGAGAGGAUCUUUACUGAGCUGAUCCGCUCCAUUGAGAGAAGACGCUCUGAGGUGACACAGCUGAUCAGAGAUCAGGAAAAGUCUGCAGUGAGUCAAGCUGAAGAACAACUGAAGCGACUGGAACAAGAGAUUGAAGACCUGAGGAGGAGAGACGCUGAGCUGGAGCAUUUUUCACACACAGAGAACCACAUCCAUUUCCUCCAGAGUUUCCAGUCUCUCUCUGUUUCUCCAGGAUCAACAGACUCACCCAGCAUCACUGUCAGCUCUUGCUUUUCUUUUAAUGAUGUUGGUAAAUCUGUGUCUCAUCUAAGAGAAAAACUUGAACAUUUCUGCAGAGAGGAGAUAGAAAAGAUUCAUGGUAAAGCAAAAUAUAUUGAUAUCAAUCCCAACCCUGAAUUCAAGACAAGGGAUGAGUUUCUACAGUAUUUCUUCCAGUUCACAGUGGAUUCAAACACAGUUCAUAAAAACCUCCAUCUGUCUAAAGGGAACAGAGUAAUUACUUACACUUUCAGAGACCAGCUGUAUCCUGAUCACUCUGACAGAUUUGAUACUAAGGAGCAGGCAUUGUGUGAAGAGAGUGUGUGUGGACGCUCUUACUGGGAAGUGGAGUGGAGUGGUCGGGUGGAAAUGUCAGUGUCAUAUAAGAGCAUCAGCAGGAAGGACAAUGAAAAGGACAAAAAUGAAGAAGAUGAUAAUAAUUAUGACACAUGUGAAUUUGGACGUAAUGAUCAGUCCUGGAGUUUGUUCUGCUCUGACUCCAGCUGCUCAUUCUGGCACAAUAACAAAGGGACUAAACUCCCUGAGGUCUCCAGCUCUUCUAGAAUAGGAGUGUAUGUGGAUCACGGUGCAGGAACUCUGUCCUUCUACAGCGUCUCUGACACAAUGAACCUCAUUCACAGAGUCCACACCACAUUCAUUCAGCCUCUCUAUCCUGGGUUUAUGAAUUAUUAUGACUCAGUUGUGAAACUGUGUGAGAUAUCAAAAUAUUAAUACAUUCUGUUAAACUGUGAAAAUUACCAAUAACAAGCUUUAAGCAAUAAAUCAAUACUACAGCUGAAAUGUUAUUAAAAACAAGUUCAGGACAUAUUAUUGGAGCUGAAAUGUUAUUAAAAACAAGUUCAGGACAUAUUAUUGGAGCUGAAAUGUUUCAUCAGAUUGAUUUAAUAAAGGUUAUAAUAAAUAAUAGGGCCUAGAAUUAUUUGUGUUUACAGACAUUGUGAAAUAAAAUGUUU